GUCAGCGGCCGGACGUGCCAGGAGCCGCGAACCCAUGGAAGGUCUGGGCCGCUCGUGCCUGUGGCUGCGCAGGGAGCUGUCGCCCCCGCAGCCGCGGCUGCUGCUCCUUGACUGCCGCAGCCGGGAGUUGUACGAGUCGGCGCGCAUUGGCGGGGCGCUGAGCGUAGCCCUGCCGGCGCUGCUGCUGCGCCGCCUUCGGCGGCCGCCCCCGCCCGCCCCAGUGCUCCUGUACGAUCAGGGCGGGGGCAGACACCGGCGCGGGGAGUCCCAGGCCGAGCUUGAGGCCGAGGCCGAGGCCGAGGAGUGGGAACCCGAGUCUGUGCUGGGUACCCUGCUCCAGAAGCUGCGGGAGGAAGGCUACCUGGCCUAUUACCUACAAGGUGGCUUCAGCAGAUUCCAGGCUGAGUGCCCUCACCUGUGUGAGACCAGCCUCAACAGCCGUGGUGGAUCAAGUUUGGCCAUGGUGCCCAGCCCAGUAGUGGGUCUGGGUGGCCUGUGCCUGGGCUCUGACUGCUCGGAUGCAGAAUCAGAACCUGACCGAGACUCCAUGAGCUGUGGCCUGGAUUCGGAGGGUGCCACACCACCCCCAGCGGGGCUGCUGCCAUCCUUCCCUGUCCAGAUCCUGCCCAACCUCUACCUGGGCAGUGCCCGAGAUUCAGCCAAUGUGGAGAGCUUGGCCAAGCUAGGCAUCCGCUACAUCCUCAAUGUCACCCCCAACCUCCCUAACCUCUUUGAGAAGAACGGUGACUUUCAUUACAAGCAGAUUCCCAUCUCGGACCACUGGAGCCAGAACUUGUCCCAGUUCUUUCCUGAGGCCAUUGCAUUCAUUGAUGAGGCCUUGGCCCAGAACUGCGGGGUGCUUGUCCACUGCCUGGCGGGUGUCAGCCGCUCUGUCACUGUCACCGUGGCCUACCUCAUGCAGAAGCUCCACCUGUCGCUCAAUGAUGCCUAUGACCUGGUCAAGCGGAAGAAGUCUAACAUCUCGCCCAACUUCAACUUCAUGGGGCAGUUGCUGGACUUCGAGCGUAGCCUGCGGCUGGAGGAGAGGCGUGCCCGGGAGCGGGGCAGCGGGGGGCAGGAGUCUGCCACCUCUGACCUGCCCUCCUUCUUCACCACCCCCACCAGCGAUGGUGUCUUCGAGCUGGACCCCACAUAGGGGCCCUGCCCCGCCCCCAAUGGGUGCUCCUGACCACCCAUAUGC